AUGCAGGUCGCUUUUUUUCUUUUUUUUUUUGCCGCUACUGCACGACCUCCACUUUCCAAGUUGGAGAAACUUGUGUCCUGUCUCUUAAGAUAUUCCCGCCACCCAACAAUUAAAUCUUUCGAUGACAAGCACUCAAACCCUUUGUUGGGAAAUGGGUAUACUCUACAUUUUCUUUUUAUGUUAUAUCUCUUUAGCGAAGACAUCUUCAUGAUCGCAUCUUCUCCGGCCUCGGAAUCUGAGCGUGUUACAUCGGGAGUUGCACCACCUUACGUAACCAUCAGUACCGAACUCGUGCAGUUGAGGUCAUUUGCAGAUGUCCGGAAAACUAUGAUGUCCUUCAGCGGAGCCGUUGAAGGUGGACAAGCAGAAUCUGGACAGGAUAACGGUGUCAUAUCACCCUCCAUUUCACGACAAUUCCAUGGUAAUGCCUCGCGUUCUCCAAGUGUUUUAUGCGUUUGGGAUGUAGACGAUACGUUUGUGACAUCUGGUCGGGAGGGCAGUCGUCAGCAUGUGCUGUUUGAGACUGAUAAUCUCCUUCAUACAUUUGGUAGCUGCCCAGCAAGACAUUUACUGUUGACACGGGGUAGUGUGGAUGACUUGUUUGUUCCAGGGCCCAGGGGCGGAAAACUUCAGCGAUUUACUUCAUUCUUUACGGGAGAUGCAAAAUUUCAUGGUGACACACCGGGAGGUGUCAAAGCGAAAAAAGGCCGCGUCGAUGGUAGUUGUUGCUCACGACCGUUAGUUGUUACUAGCGUGAAGAAAAGUCCUCUUGAUGGCAGUGACGUUCCCAUCAUACGAAUUGCCACAGCGCAUGCCCCAAGGAAAGUGUCGAUGGGUAUCGAAGCUCUUUUUACUGCCACCGAGCAAUACACGAUGGAGGAAGACGAAAGUUGUGUACGGUGGUUGGCAUUCCGGCCUUCUUUGUGGGGGAUUUCCCUUUCCAGUCUGUCUAGUCUCGUUGUUCCGUCACCACACACCGCUUUUUUAGAUGGUGCAAUAUUUCGAAAGAUGGAUAUCGUGCGUUCACUUGCAAUGAGUGGGUUGUGGGACGUUGUUUUCUUCGUUGACAACAACCUCUCCGAACUUGGUGUAGUGCGUCCUGGGCUCGGGAUAGGGGAUUAUCAUCGGUUCAAGGCUGCAGGAGAGCUACGAAAGUUUUUCCUUUCGGAUUUUUUGUUGCUCAGGGCAUCAUCAGCGUUGGCCGACAGAUCCCAUAGACGUCACACACCCAAACUGAAGGUGAGCGGCACGUGCUCCCCGGGAAGUGGUGCCUUAUCGUGCGGCGAAUUAGGUUCCGACAAUACUUUUUCGCAAGGUAACUUCAUUGAAGUUCAUCGUGAACCCGGGAUUUCGGGAGAAGAGAGCCCUGGCGUAAGUAGCGGGUUUGGGAGUGCAGUUGAGGGUUACCCGAAGGAGGAUGAGCAGGUGGUGAAAAUCAUAGUGGGUCAUUUUCACAUGGAGGCGGAGAAGUUUAACAUGUAUAGACGACUAGUGCCUCCCGCAUUCCAGCAUGAGGUGCAUUUUUCGUAUCACCCUGCUUUUUCAUCUGGUGCUGUGUGCAGGGACGAGCAGAUUGCAAGAUUACUGGAGGACUUUCGGGACUACGAAAGGGAGAUUUUGCAGGGAGAAGAGAAAUUCGGGUUCUUUGGUCGGCCUGUUCCGGGUUGGGAGCCGAGCAUCGGUUUGGUACGCUGUUUGCGGCCCGAGUACCGGAAACAAUUGGCGUCCCUGCGGGAUCAAUACGUGCCAAUCUGCAGGGACAUAAACAGAAUUAUGCUUGUUAAAGUACCUCAACUCCCUGUUGAUGAGCGAGAUCAUGUCAUGAAGCGAGAGUCAGCAACUCUCUACAAACGAUUAGUUAGACAGCAGUUGGUCGUUGACCCGUUCCUCAUUGAGCGUGUUGCUCUAAUACUCUUUUACAUUUCUACGGUAAACCACCGAAUACUGCCGAGCACCUUGUUGGAAUUAAAAAAAGAAAUACAGGCGCUAAUGAACGGUAUGGUUCCUGCAAGCGGAGUGCUGAAGAAGAAAUGUUUAUCGGUGCUCGUCCUCAAUCCAAAGGGAAACAGCUAG